AUGAAGCUCAAGUUCACGGACGCAGCUGCAAUAGUGAAUGUUUUUGCUGGCGUAUCAGCUGUUGCUCAUCUUGGCAUGCAGUUCUUAGUUGAUGCAUUUAUUGGUCACUUUUGGGUGCUCUGCUUCUCUACUUUAGCAUUCAGUUUCGUAAGUUCUUACACCUCCUCUCAGCUUUGGUUUCCUCAGAUAAGUCAAUGGUUUGUAAGAUUCGCAGUUCCUGCUGGCUGCGAGGUCUUAGCAAUGCUGAUUUUUCUCUCUGGUGCUAGUUCAUACGAACGAAAAGGCCUAGUGGGAGCCUUUUGA